GCCCACCCAGGCUAUAAAGACGGGCGGGGCGGAGCGCGCAAACCGCGCGGUGUUAGCUGCGGGACCGGUUUGCGGGAAGAUUCUGUGGACAAUCACCAUGGGAAGCAAAGGAGGCUUCAUCCUUCUGCUCAUCCUCGCUGUGCUCUGCCGUUCAGGUCAUAGCCUGACAUGCUACGCCUGUAUUGACCGUGAAACCUGCAACAAGACCACUGUUUGUUCAGUUAAUCAUGACGCGUGUCUGUUGGUCAAAGCUGAUCCAAAACUUUUUUACCGCCAGUGUUGGAAGUUUGAUGACUGCAGCUACCUCUCUAUCUCCAAAGCCCUGGGGCUGAAGAAGCUCGAGUACAGCUGUUGCCAGAAGGACCUGUGCAACGGGAGUGCCAGGGUCUCUGGGAUGACAGCGUUGAUGCUGCUCCCCUUGCUGGCGGCAGCCUUGACGCUUUGUCUCUAAAUCAACACCGGGAGGCCUUCUCCUAAACUUUCCGUGUCUCCGUAUACUCCUUAUUUCCUUGGCUGCUGCAUGCCCACAGCUUUAUUUCACCUGUCCCGUUGGGCAAGACUAACACUAGUUUGGGCAACUUGGUGACAAGAGAGGCUCUGAGAGACGUUGAAGGUCAGUCCUGUGGGCAGCGAAGACCCGUCGGAGGGACAUGGUAUAAAAGGGUGCAGCACGUGCGAUCUGAGCUCGGCCGCACGUUUCUUCCUCGGCUUUUCACAAGAGCAGCCUCGCAGGGACAGCUUGGGUACCUCAGAUCCUCUGCAGGGCCCGGUCAUGGUUAUUUCCCCUCUGAUGGCUUGGAGGUGAUUUUUAAAUACUCUGAUCUGGAGGGGAGGGCGGUGGUACUGGGACAGGGGGUUCUUUUCGACAGCCUCUCCCAGGGAAUGCUUUCAUCCUCUCCCUUUAUGGCACCCGCGCUGCCAAGCAGGCCCGACCACGCUCCCACAUGCGGGCUGUUGGGGAGCGGCCGGGAGAUUCUCAGUGCUGGGUGAUCGCAGUGACCUUUGUAGUCUCAACUCGCGGGUGCCUGGCAGGGAAGGAGGGGAGCUUUCCACACGGCAGGGCCUUGAACUCCCAGGUCUGUCUUCCGAAAAGUAGCAGUGGCUAAAAUCAGAGUUUUCCUCUAUCACUCGGUUGUGAAUGGGCUUUGCUUGUCUGCAGUAGAGAAACUUAGCAUCUAAUAAUGAUGUGUGAAAAUUAUUCCUUCAACUUUUGCAUCAGAUUGGUGGGGUAUCUUGGCUUUGUCACACGCAGUUAAAGUCUGAACGUUGGGACACUCUGUUAAAAAUAACUCGUAGUGGGGCACCUGGGUGGCUCAGUGGGUUAAAGCCUCUGCCUUCGGCUCAAGUCAUGGUCCCAGGGUCCUGGGA